AAGGGAGAUUUCCAAGUAUUCUAGUUUAAAUGGGGCUUGAGUCACCCUGAGAUAGCGUUUAUGUUGAGUGAACAUUCCUUCGGAGUUUCGACCCUGUAUCCUAGCAGAACACGGCAAUAAGCACAGGGUGUAUGGGGAGGUUAGAGGGGUGAAGUGGGGUACUUCCACCCCUUGUGACGAUGAAUUUGCAGUGUGAGGAUGGUCUCGUUCGUAUCCUUUGUUUCGAGACACCACUGCCUUGCUCUCUUCUCUCGGCCAGAACUUCGUGAUCCAAGUCGUGUGAACGCGGCAUUGUGCGCGCGUCGAGCUUUCCCAUAGAGCUUCCACAACUCGUGCUGGCAACUUUUGUGUUUAUGUGCUCAGAGAGACGGCCAUCAUCAUCCACGGAGUCAGUCCUGUGGAUUUUUCUGUGUUAGUUAGAGCAGUGUUGCCUCACGAUUUAGUGCGUUUUAGCUAGAACCCUGUGUGCUUUUGGCUGUAUAGUUCCUGUAUGUAAAAAGAAGAAACUUUAUUGUAAUCAAAUCACAAAAAAAAGAGGAAGUAAUAUUUACCAACUUACUACGCAAAACGGAAAUUACAUUUCAAAAGGAAUACCCCAUCCCCCAGAUAAAGGAUACGGCAGUUGAAAUAUCCCGAAAAGAAAAAAAAACCUUCAGGAAGAACAAAAUCAAGCUUGUAGGCUCAGUGUUUUGAAAAAAUUUUCCCAGUGAGUGAGAGAGCAGAAAGGACAAGGCAGAAAAACAAAGAAUGAAAACUAAGUUUAACUCUUUACCACACACCCAAAUCCAAUGUAUAAAAAAAGUCCAAAACUCCCUCUAAAAGCUCUCUAAAUUCACAAUUGUAAAAUUUGUAACUAUAUCAUACACGGAUAAAAAUUGUAUGUUCCAUCGCCAAGAGGAAAAGAAAAUUGUUCUGUUCGAUGUUCUGCACCAAUCUAUGUGUAUUAUGUUGUUAGUCGUCGUAUAGGAGACUACAGAGGAAAGACUAUUUGCAAAAAAAAAAAAACAGAGAAAAGCUAAAAAGUUCAACACAAAAAGUCGUAGAGAAAAACUUUUCGCAGGAAGACAAGAGAAUAAUUUUAGAAGCAAAUAAAAAAAAAGUGAAGCAAAUCCUUUUUUUCGUGUGGUUUUCUCCCCUUUCUGGCCACUGGAAAGGCUUUAAAAAAAGGAGAGUGGAUAGAUUUAUCCAGAACAAAGCCAUGAAUUAAUUAAAUCCACUAUAUUUCCAACAUCAAUUUAAAAGGGAGUGAAAAGAUAUUAAAAAAUUUAUGUUCCUGUGUCACUAUUCACAAAAAAAGGACAGCAUCUGAUACGGUGAACGACAGCCAGGACAACAAAACACAAAAAAAGGAGCUGCACUGUAAUAAUUUCUCUUCACUUUCGCAAUAAAAUGAAAAUUCGUCAAUUUAUCAGUACUACAGGAGAGCGAAAGACAUAAAAAAUCAGACUGUUUGCAAACGCGAGGAUAUAACAUAAAAAAAAGUCAUACCAUUCAGGGAAAAAUCGGAUUGAUCCCAUUUUCUCGCUGGAAAAUUCUUCAUUGCAUAGUUUUCCACAGCUGCAGAGGAGCUCUUGCAAAAAAAAACACAGAACCGAGCGAGAACAAGGAAAAAGUCAUAAAUAAUAGCGAAUUGACUAAUUUAUUAGUUUCAACCCCGUUGAGAGAUACAAAAGAGCGAAAAGAGAAUCCGAGUGUCAAGGAAAAAAAAUCCCCUGUGAACAAGAGACGAAAAUUCAGCACAGGGUGAUAAAAAAAGAAGCUUUUUGCAGAAUUUGAAAAUGAUAUAGAAGAGGAAAAACGAAGGAGAAAUUUCAGCAGAGAACAAGAAAUAAAAAAAAGAAACAGAGUCCAACUAGCACCCCAAGGAUAGAGGAGCCAGAGUGGUAAACCUCGGCAGGAAUCCAACAAAUUCAAAAAAUUGUCAUUCCCAUUGUUAAAAUUGCUAAAAAAAAAAGUGUGAUUGAGAGUGAAAGACAGGAAAUAUUUCAGUCAAUUAAUUGAUUGAAUCAAUCUCAGGAGUGACAAGUGGAAAUAACUAUAUACACGUUAUAAUAUAUAUAUUUGAGAACGAAAGAAGGCGGCAAAAAGAAAAACCCCAAAGAAGUUUGAGGAGGAGGAGGAGGAGGAGAAAACCAAUUCCUUUGGUGAAUCACGACCUUUUUUCUUCUCGCAGAGGCAGAAUAGAAGAUGUUGGCAAUGUCUACCCUCAUGAUGCCAGCACCAACAAUGGCACUGGGUGCACCACCCCUCGCGGUGGGCCACCACAAGCCACCCGAGCCAAAAUUAUUAAUUGCGCACAAUCAACCACAACCUUCGCAUCAAAUCCAGGUUGUUCAGCCUAAUCAACAGCAGCAGCAGCAGCAACAACAGCAGCAGCAGCAACACAUUAUGAACAACUGCAAACAAGAGAGUCAUCAUAUAUUUGUGGGUGAUUUGAGUCCUGAGAUUGAAACUCAACAGUUGAGGGACGCUUUUGCACCAUUUGGAGAUAUAUCUGAUUGCAGAGUUGUUCGUGAUCCACAAACACUCAAAUCAAAAGGAUAUGGAUUCGUUUCAUUUGUUAAGAAGUCGGAGGCUGAAAGUGCUAUAACAGCAAUGAAUGGUCAAUGGAUUGGCUCACGAUCGAUUAGAACAAAUUGGGCAACAAGGAAACCGCCCACGAAUAAAGCUGAUCUUAAUACAAAACCAUUGACUUUCGAUGAAGUCUACAAUCAGAGCAGUCCAACUAAUUGUACAGUUUACUGUGGUGGCGUCAAUGGGGCCCUCUCUGGAUCCCUAAGUGAAGAAAUUCUGCAGAAAACCUUCUCGCCAUUUGGUACAAUUCAGGAGAUACGAGUUUUCAAAGAUAAGGGUUAUGCUUUUAUCAGAUUCUCAACAAAAGAAGCAGCAACUCAUGCUAUUGUGGCCAUCCACAAUUCUGAAAUAAACUCUCACCCCGUGAAGUGUUCAUGGGGCAAGGAGAGCGGUGACCCCAACAAUGCUCCAGCUAUUGCAAGUCAGGCUCUUAGUCAUACAGCCUUUCCCUUUGGGGCAGCGUAUGGACAGCAAGUGGCCGGCUACUGGUAUCCGCAGCCACCAACAUAUCCGACAACUCAUACUCCCACGGCUGCUCUUCAGGGGCAGUUCCUGCAGGGAAUGCAAGGAUACGCAUAUGGUCAAUUUGCUGGCUACCAACAAGGAUACAUGGGGAUGGGAAUGCAAAUACCGAGCACAUGGCAAGGCGUUUCAUCCCAAACACAAAUUCCAACUGCCCAGCAAAUUGCUCAGGGGGUCGGCACAGGAAUUCCACAAACUGCCGGCGUUGUGGCGUAUCCCAUGCAGCAAUUUCAGGUGAGGAAUCCACAGCUAACUGAAGAUGAAUGGUUAACCCCGAGUCUUCUAGUCUAGCUUUAUUAAAAACGGGCUGACAUGAAAAAUGAUGAAUGUUUUUUUGGACAAGAAAAAAAGAAAAAAAAGAAAUAAUCAAAAAAAAAAGUUUAACAUCUUUUCCAUAUAAAUUUUCUCAUUGAGAAAAUUUUUCUAGAUAAAAGAAAAGAAUUAUAAAGAAAUUUAAAGUAAAAAAAAAAAACAAUGUUCUCUUAUCUUAUUCCCCAACGAUGUUGUGCGAAUUGAAGUUACAAUUAAACAGCAUUAAUUUACUGGGUUAAAAAAAACAAUUUUUAAAUACACAGUAGAACAGAAAUUGCGAUAGUUGAAAAUUUACGAUAUCGAUGAUUGACGAGUGAAGUGCAUGGGGUGAAUUUAAUCAAAAACUAAUUAAAUUAAUCAAUUUUAUCAUCAUCACAUUACAAUAACCGAAGUGUUGCAGAACGUUUUGCCAAAAUGCUUUUACAAAAUGCAUUUUCGAGCAAUACGCUAUUACGUUACAAUCUGCUUUAAUGAAGCAUUGCUAAUGUACAAAGACAAAAGUUAUUAUUUAGAGAAGAUUUACUGAAUUUCCUUGAGGAAAAUUUUUGCAAGAAGUGAAGAGAACAGGAAGUAGUUUUCCUGCAGAAAGAUUAAUAAUGUAUAGAAGUUUGAGGGGUUCUACUGUGUAUGAGAAAUCGAAUUAAAAUACCGCAUUAUUGAGAUAUUGAUGACAUAUUGUAAGAUUAUUAAAAGAAAAAAAACAUGCUUAACACUGUGAGGAAAAGAUACAAUUAAACAAUUAUAUUGUGAAGAAAAAUCUUUGAAAAAUAAUUCUUAAGAGAAAGCGUUUGAAAUGGAACGAAAAAAACAAGAAGAAAAAAGAAAAUUGCAAAAGAAUUAAAAUUUAAUAGAUCUAACGAUUUUCUCGUAUUCUUAAAGAAAGAAAACUAUCUUAAGUUUGAAAGAAAAAUUACGCAAGAAAGCUACUUCAGACAGGUUUAUAUUCAAACACAAUUCACGUGUAUAAUUAAAUUCUCUAAAUAAUUCGUAUCUUUUGAAAGAGAUAAUAGAGAAUCAAUAAAACAAGAACAUUGCAGAAAGAACUCAGAAAGAAGAAACUAAGAUGAAAAUAGAAAGUUUGUCUUGUCUUGAAACAGUUCUUUAGAAAGGCUUUUCAUUUAUUUCACCACCUGAUUUCUUAGAAAAGUAAAAAGUAAGAUAUCCUGCUAGACUAUUAAGGAUAAUAUAACUAUCUCCUAUUUAAAUUAAUAUAAAUUUAAUUCCUUGUUUUUAAUUAAACCAAUUGAUUUUUUAGUUGAAAAUUAAAAAAAAAGUAUAUAGAAAUAACAAAUAAAUGCGAAGUAAUAAAAUAUCUCCCUUAAGAAGCUUCUAACCGAAUUCUAUAUUUAAAAAAUAUUAAUUUUAAAGAGAUAAUGAUGGAUUUAUUAUUAAUUUGCAAAGAAAAUAAUUACAAUAUUAUUUACCGCAGUUAUGGUAGAGAAACUCUUUAGGAUAUACUCCUUCUAUUCAUAGAUGUCGUUUUUGGAAGAAAAGAGACAUUCGAAGCUUGGUUUCGAAAGCCAAAGACCGGACAUUUUUACUUCUAGUUUUGUCCGUACAAGGGGUCCUGCAAUUAAUUUUAGACCAUAUUCCGCGAAAAAUUAUUUUGAAAGUUCGAAAUUCGCUUUGAGUUUUUCGAACAUCAUUUACGCAAGAGACUUCUGGAGAAUAGAAACCUUGAAUGUUCCAUUAUAUUAUCCCCCUCCCGCUAUAGUUACUAAUCAACUCCUUUAAUAUGUUUUAACUUGGUGUGAUAUGUCAUUAAUUUUUACAAUCUUCCUCGAAAAACUAAUUUGAAAAUUCGAAAUUCACAUAAUUUACCCACGAUGACACAUAAUUGCACAUAUGCUUUAGCCAUAGGAUAUGUGCCAUGUUCUGAGCUCCACAAUUUAACCUUUCGAAGAGGUAAAGCCACUCCUAAGCCUAGUGAAACCUAUUCGAAAGUCGAUCGAACGGAAGUCAAAAGUGCAAGUUCACACAUUCGCCACUUUAGCGCUGGUCGUUCUUCCAUUUCGAAUUUUCGGUAUUCUUGACACUUCAAGUGCGCUAAAUUUCACUUCAAAUUUUCGAACAUUAACGACACUUUCUCUAAAGAUUCUAUCUUUGAGAAAAUAUCUCUAAGUUGAUAAGAUUCCAGAAAAUAAAAGAAAACUAAACGAUACUUGUGAAUAGGCGGACUGUCUUCAGUCUUCAUCACAGAGGAAAAAUUUCUUUGGACUUUGAAAAUUUCCCCCGGUGAUGCAUUUAUUGGGCUCAAACAGAAGCAGAUUUUGAUUCUCCAAUAGUGUCUUGGAUAAAAGGCAAAUGGAAUUCUAUUUGCACAAAAAGUCGUUGAGCCUAUUUACACCGCCGCAUAAGAUCAAGAUUGAACUGUCUCAAAAUCGGAUUUUGGGAGAAUUCAGUGUCAAUCUAAUGCGGCUGUGUAAAUGGCAUCAAUGAAAUCGUUUAGAUUGCUGGCCUAGAUUGAGACAAAAUUGUCCCAAAAUCCGACUUUGGGACAAUUUAAUCUCAAAAUAAUGCUACGGUGUAACUGGUCUCGUUGAUGUUCGAAGAAUUCAAAUUAAUUUUCGAAUUUUCAUACUAAAUUUUCGAACAAGGUGGGGAAAAUUUAUCAAAUGUCGCACUAAAAAGCUGGCAAAAGAGUUACUCAGUGAUUAUGGAGUGAUUAAAUAAUGAGACAAGAACAGUAAGCAUCGUUGUUCUGUUUUUUCCUCACAACAAUCUGAAGACCAACACAUUUUGACACUUGAACACUUCGAAAUUCGAACAGGAUGUACUUCAGCCACCUUGCAAAAGUAUUAAGAAGUAAGAAAGUCUCUUUUCUGUAUCUUCAAAUAGAUUUUCGAAUGGCUUUUCUCUUUGCCAAACUCUACUUCUGUACGGAAAGAUUGGAUAAAGUAUCAGCAAGUCGUGGAAAAUUUCCCCCAGUGAUGCAUUAUAACUGUAAUGUUUGAAAUUAUAACUGUAUGUUAUAAUUUCCCUGGUGUGUCCCAGCUAAGGCAAAGCCAAGUAGAUUUUAAAUUUUAUUUCGAAAUGGUUUUAAGUUGUGUUAAGUAAUGUUUUCGAAUUUAAAUAAUUCUAAUUAUUUAUUUUAACUGCCGAUUAGGUUCCUUGGCGGAGUUUUACAUCACAAGACAGUUGAUUGGGGCAAGUUCUAAUUUUCGAAAAUAUUUCGAACUCUGUUCAAGAGAGGAGAUUUUAUCCGUUGACAGAUUGAAAAAUUAUGAAAUAGACACAAUGGGGGAUUUUAAUUUCGAAAGGGAGUUUUCGAAGUUUAAAUCGGGCCUUUUUUGUAAUUUUAUAAGGGAUUUCACAUUCUGAUCAACAAAAGAUAAAUAUAAGAAAAUGUUGAUUAACCGAUAUGCCCCACGCUCAAUCUAAAAAUCAAGAAGCAGUUUUUUUUUAAUUAAAAAACAUCAAAAGAUAAAGAGUUUCUCUUGAAAUUUGCUUUGAUCUUUUUUUAAAUUGUCUGCAAAAUAGAUUUGCAGUGUCUUUUGCAAAAUUGAUCAAUUAUUUUGAGCAUUGAAGACGUGCUAUUAGUUACCCUUUAAGUUGUUAGAACAACUAAAGUUUAUCCUGUGACCGCUCCUGGCGCUGUGGUCGUAAAUAGAUGCAUCGUGUGAAGAUUACGCAGUGAAUUAAUAAAAAAAAAGAAAACUUUAACAAGCAUUAUAAACAAUCAUAUAAUAAACGAAAAACUUACUGUACCACUUUAAGGUAUUAGGAAUGUUUAGUGGAUAGGACAAAUUUAAAUCGACCACUAUUAUUGGUUUUUACCUGUACAAAAGAAAGACGAUAUUGAAAAUAGAAUAUCAAUAAAAAAGAGGUCCUAAUCAAAAUAUAAAUAUAUCAAACAAUCUUAUACCAAUUUUAAACGGCAUUAGAAGUUAGAAAAGAUGUUAUACCAAAAUUCAGAUCAAUCCAUUAUGUUGACAGCAGAAUAAUACAACCUUAGGUAGAGUUUAGAGUAGAAUUAGAAUUAGUAAGGUGUAUAAUUAUCAACAAGAUAUAGUAAUGAUAAUUUUAGGAUAAGCAGUGAAGAAAAUAAAAUAAAAAUAUUUCUUUUAUUUGAACGUUUUUAGUAAUUUCAAUUCCUAAACAGUGGAGUUUGAAUAUAAUCCUGUUUAGUUGCAAAGAUCCUUGAUAAAAUUUGUACGAAAUUGACGUCUUUGGGACUACGAGAAAAUUGAUAGAUAAAUUGAUAUUUUAGAAAAAAAAACGAGAGUAUUGAUUAAGCAUUUCUUUUGGUGAAAAUAAUAAGAUCGGUGAAUUUUAACAACAAGGACUACUAAUUAUUGUAUUGCGUAAAGAACACAUUACAAAAGUAACAAUUAUAUGAUACAUUAUGAUAUUAUUGAAAAUAAAAAGAAAAAAAUAUAUUUAAGUGCAGUUUAUUAACAAAAAAAAGUUAAUUGUAGUAUUUUAAUGCGCUCUUGCGUAAAGAAAUAGAGAAGAAAAAAAAUAUUGAACACAAAAAAAAACGGUUCAAAUGAACCAAUAUUAAAUUAUUUACAAUAUAAAUGAAAAAUAUACCCCAAGAAAAAAAAAGAAAAUAAGAUAUACUAUUUAAAUAAUAAAAAUAUACAUACCAAUUAUUAUUAAAAUGAAAAAAUAGUCUUAUUGAAGUAUUAACAGAAGAAAAAGUGAAAAAAAUGGCGGAAUAUUGAGGAUGAAAUAUUAAAAAAAAUAGUGAAGAAAGUUAUAACAUAAAAGCAUAUUAUAGAAAAAAAGAGUAAAUAAAUUAUUAGUGUAGAAAAAAAUAACAUUAAACAUUGAUUAAGGAACAAAAAGAAAGGGAUAAUACCUUAAACCCAUUAACAAUAUAAUUAAAUUAUGUUAAUAGUGAGUGAUAUUGGGAAAAUUUUCAUGCAAUUCCAAGAUAAAAAAGCCGCUAUUGGGUCCUUAUAGGUAAAAAAUUUAAGCGAAUAUAGAGAAAAAUUUUUAUUUGCAUUGAUCCACUUGAGAAAAAAAAUUAAAAAUAAAGUGGAGAAAGUUAGCAGCUAAUUAAAGAUCUAAAAUAUACAAGAAAAAUAUGCAUGAAUAUUUUCUAACAAAAAAAGAAUUUCUUUGUUAAUCCUCGUGAAAGAAGAACAGAAACACAAGUCUAUCGUUGUCCUUUUAACCUUCUUUGGAAGAAUUUAGAACAAAAAAAAAAAACAACAGACAUUAGAACAAGGACAGAAAGUUUAAAAAAAAUCGUUCUGUUGUUUUUUAUAUAGACAUUUUGCCAGACCAAACAAAAUAUUCAAAAAAAGAAAUUGAAGAAAUUAUAAAAAAAAAUGAAUGAAAGUCUUCAAAAGAAUUAUUCAAAAAAAAAAAAGAACAAUUGUGAUGAUAGAAUUCUUCUUAAGUUGUUUCUACUGUUUUUACGGACAAAAGAAAAAUUGAUCUUAGAUCAGUUUAAAUUUAAAUUGUUAUUUAGACAACUUUUUAUCAAUUAUUGGUUCAUUGAAAAGGUUUAGAGGGAUCAAAUCAAAAUGAUUCUUUGCGUUACAUAUUUUAUUUUGUCCAACGUGCUUUAGGGUGCAUUUAAACGGGGGUAUUUUUCAAUACACCUUUUGUACAUGCGCAUGUACAGUCUUUUGAGGUACACUGAGAGAAAUCCGAAAAAAUUAAAAUAGCAUUCCGGAAAUGUUAAUUUUACCCUGCAUUAUUGAUCCGAAAUCUGUGUAAAUAUUAUGCUUUUUAGAUGUAUUAUGGGUUAAAGUUACCCUUUUUCAUGUUAAUUUUACACUUAAAAAGGUGUAAAAUUAACAUUAAAAAAUGUUGAUAUAUUUUUACAUCUGAAAAGUGUUAAAGUUAUGAGGAAAAAAAAGCUAUUAGACCCCCUUUUUUAGUGUAGUUACACUUGAAAAAAUCUGAGCUAAAAUCCUUAAAUGGUUCGUAUCUGAAAUAAAAUGUACGUUUUGUUAUAAUCCACAAAGUGUGUCUCAACUAAACCUUCCACUUUAGUCAAGACACAGGAAAAAAUACGAAAAUUGUGAGAUAAGGAAAAUUAUACUUAUGGUUUGCUUAAAAAGCGUUCUGUGUCAGUACGAGACACAGGCGAUUAUAACAGAUGAAAGGGAAAUUUUUCAUCUUUUCCUUAAAUUUUCCUUAAUAGUUCGUGUCUAAUGCCUCCGACAUACUUUUUAGAUCGAUACAAUUUCAUGAAAUCAAAAUUCGCAUCCUCUUCUUUCUAAAAAGAUUUACGUAAGUCCAUCUCACUCGAAAUUUGACUGAACUAAAUUUACUUUGGUGUGACGUUCAAAAAAAGAAGAAGAGUAUGAAAGAGUAAGAUAGACAUAUGCGAUUUUUUUAAGGAAAAAAGGGAUGUGAAUUUCGAUUUUAUGGAAUUUUCCUGAUCUAAAAGGUGUGUAGAAACCAUAAGAAUAAAAUUUUAUUAGAAGGCAGCUUCUAUUUGGGAUUCCGAUGCAUCCAGUAGGGGAAAUCUGUAAUUUUUGUGGCAUUAUUACGCGUGAGUUCGAAACCUGAUAAUGCCAUUCGAGCUUUUUUUUGUCAUAUCAUAUGAGUUCGAAAAUGCAAUUCAUUGAAUUUUUAAUGAAAUCCCUCUACUUGAUGAUUUUAUGAAAAUACAGUACGUCUUGUUUGAUUUGUUUAACAAAAUUCAUUGUCAUUUGAAUUGCCACAAAUCUCAAAUAUGUGACUUCUGAUAAUGCCACGUGAGCUGAAAUGGCAAUGUCACGGCUACAGAAUCGCAUUUUCGAAAAAGCUCUCCUAAGAUUCGAACCCAAUUUUUCAUAUGGCAUUGCCAGAGCAUUACAGAAUCCCCCUCCAGGAGGGGAAUUCUGUAACGAUAUGACAAUGUCAUAUGACAAAUUUAAAUAUUUUUAUGUGACAAAUUCAGAAAUAUUAAUGAAAAUAUCGGAUUCAUAUCUUUUACUAAGAGCUUCAUAAAGCCCCUUGCAAUGACCAUUAGAUGCUCACUGGCUUUUAGUGUUAUUCUGUUCUCGAAUUUACCACGACCAUUUGUCAAAUGGCAUUGUCAUAUCGUUACAGAAUUCCCCUACAGGUCUACGAAUAAGUCCACAGAGAAUCCCCAGUGUUCUACUCUAUCGAAAUUAUCCGGGACACAUGGAUGGUUUACACCUAGCAUGUCGCGAUUAAAUUUUGAUAAUUUUGACAAGGCCGAUAUGUUCGAGAAAAAUCUACAGCUGAGAAAUCUUGAAACUCAGUACCCCAAAGUCAUAGAACCAGUCAUAGAACCAGUAGUGCUCUAAUAUAAAAAGGAGCAGAUUUCGUCUGUUAUAAUCCUCUCAGUGCGUCUCGGCUAAAUUAGAAACAACUUCUAGAUUUUCUAUUUUAAUAAUACAUAAGGUGUGUUCUUAAAGUCAUAAGAACUAAAACAACUUGAAAAAAAAGGAACCUUUGUUAAUAGUUUAGAUUAUUAUAACAGAAAAAUGAUAUUUUAAAGACAAACGGGGCAUCUCCAGUGGUUCAUUCUUAAAAAAAUACACCUUUCGUUUGCUAUAAUGUCUUAAGUGUGUCUCGAUUAAAUUAGAAAAUCUUCUAGAUUUUUAUAUUAAUAAAACACAGGGGAUUAUAAUAGACAGCAAGGAUAAUUUAACUUAAGAAUGAAAUUUUAUUUUAAAAAUAAACCUUAAAUAUUUGAAGCUUUGGGAAACCUUGAAAACGAAUUUUCUUCUCUGGUAGUUCACUUUAAAAACAAAGUAUACCUUUCGAUUGUUAUAAUGUCCAAAAUGUGUCUCAACUAAAAUAGAAAAUCUUCCAGAUUAUAACUUAGCUCCAGGGAUAAUUUAACAUAAAAAUGUAUUUCAUUAAGUUCUUCAAAGCAUAAGAACUAGGAAAACCAUCAUAACGACAGAUCCUUGCUAAUGGUUCAGGGGAGUAUAACAAAAAUGAUGAGAUUUUAUCUUAAAAACAAACCUUUAGAAAAUCUUAAGAACGAGCUAUCUCUUCUGGGCGUUUUCCUCUGAGAUAAAAGAAUUUGAUUACUUGGAAGAAGUCAAAUCUAUGACCGGAAUAUGCUGUUUUUUUGUAAAUGAAAUUUUGAAAAUUGUUGGAAUCUCUAUAUCGAAUCUUAUUGGAGAUUCUGCCGACAUAAUUGAGCGAAUUCCACAAGGAGAGUGGAUUUCUCCCAUCAAAACGCUUUCUUAUUUCUUUUUUCGAGUACACAGGCCCUGGGUGGUGCUUUCUUAAAACAAAUUAUACAUUUCGUCUGUUAUAAUCGCCUAGGGUAAGAUGGGGUAAUUUGGAAUAAUGUCUAUUUUGGAAUUUUGAGAUUUUCUCAUUAUAUCAGUUAGUCAAGGAGAAAAAUAAAACCACGAAGAAGUACAAGGCUUUAUAUUCGAGGGCACUUGUUCGUUGUUUUUUCCUUUUGCCAUCUAAAACUGUUAUGAAAUCUCGCAGUUUCAAAUUAGACGUGGUUCCAAACUAUCUCACUUUACCCUAAGUGUGUCUCUACUAAAAUAGAAAGUUUUGUAGAUCAGAGGUGUGCAAGAACCGUUUGAAACCGAAUAAACGUCAAAAUAAGUUUGUUCAGGUAGCGUUUUGACUCUAAUUAUACAAGUUUCAUUUGACGUUUUUUGGGUUUCAAACGGUUCUUGCACGCCUCUGUUGUAGAUUAUAGUCAAGACACAGGGGAUUAUCUGUUAUACGAGAUUUUAUCUCAAGAAAGACAAAGAGAUUUUUCGAAACUCAGAAAAGCAUAGUACAGUAAGGUGCAUUUCGAAAUAUCCCAGUUUAAAUAUGCCUUUAAGGUUUAGGUUCUUCAAAAGCUAACCGACCAUUGGGGAAUAUUUUUCUAAUUUCGAAAAUAAAAUUUGACAAACAAAUAACUUAUUAUUUGUCCUUUUUUUUUGGCAAUGUUAUUCUUCCAAGCGAAAUGCAAAAUGAAUAUAUACUUUCCUUUCCCUUCUGUCACUAUUUUAUAGAAGCAAUUUGUACAACGAAUUUGUAUAAAAAGAAAAUAACAUUUAAAAUGAGAAAGAAUAUAAGCCUUAGCACAUGGAUAAUGUUUGAGGAAAAGAUGAUAAAAUGAAGAUGGUGAAAAAAAAAGAGAAGCUGAUGGAAUUGUUACGUCUCUCUAAUGGAGCAUUAAACAAAAAAAAACUGACAUAAAAGUUAGAUAAGCAAAAAAAAAUUAACAAAUAAAAAAAUAGAAAACAUAAAUUGGGAAUUGGAAGCGCAACAAUUUUGCUGAUGGAUUAAAAAGAUUACUGACAACAUAGAUCUUACCCUUAAUUAUUAUUUAUAACAUGGUAUUUUAUUUUAAUGAUUUUUCUUUUGAAUUUUUUCCACUUAUGAUUUUAAAGAACUGUGAUAGUUCCACUGAAUUAUUGAAUAUGAAAAAAAAUAUAAACUUUCUUGCAAUGCAUAUCUCAUACAUAAACUGUAAGAAUUAAGGCAUAAAAUUAAUUGUAUAAAAGUAGCUAAAUAAGUAAUAUAUAUUGUAUAAGAAUUUAUUUAAUCCCAACAAUUUAAUGCUUUCAGUUUCAAUUCAAUUCAGAAAUUGCUUUCUUUUCCUGGGUGACAACUUUGAACAAGGAAAGCUUUUCCAAUUGUUUGUUUAUUUAAUUUUUUUUCAGUGAAAAAAAAACCUAAACAUUGAAGUGAGAAAGGAAAAAAAAUGGAAAAAGAAAUUUUGAAAAGUAUAACAUAAGAAAAUACCAGAAAAGUUUUGUGUUGGACCAAUGUAAUGAAAAUAUCUAUGAUAAUCAAUUUAUUAUAUAUAAAUAUAUAUAUUAAAAAAAAGUAUGGAUAUAAAGAAAUAGUUGAUUAUUAAGGAGCAAAAAAAAUUACAACAAUCAGAUUCCCGGUUAGUGAGAUAUUAUUAGAGAAACGAUAGUUGUUUCAGGAAGAAGAAAAAAUAAAUAAAAGAAAAAACAUGGGACAAAAGUGAUGGAGAGUGAAAUUAAAGAAAAAAAAACGGAUGAAAUUUGCAAAAACAAAAACUAAUAAAUAAGUGAAAUAUCUUUAAGCAAACAAUGAAUAAAUAAAUAAUUAAAUACACGCUGCAAUUGUUAAGUUGAUAACAACAAGAAAAAAUGAAAAAUUUAUGGGAGAUUUUUUUGUGGUUGUUUCAAUUUGAAAAAUUGCUUUUCUUUUUCAUGCGAAACAACAUUCUUCCAUUCAAACUCCCAGAUCAAUUUACCAAUUGUAGUGCAUUAAUUAUUUAUUUAUUUUGUGUGUAAACUCUAUUAAAAAAAAUAGGCAUUAAAGUAUUAUUUACGGACAAGAGAAAAUGAAUAAUAUUAUAAUCUAUUGUAAUCCCCUAUAUCAUUCAAUACCAGAAAUAGAGAUAAAAACAAAAACUAAAAUGGUAUAAAUUUGCAGCAAGAACAUCUCCUUAUCUCUAUUUCGAAAAUACAAUUGUCUUAAGUUCAAAUUAUUGCCACUGAUUAAAAACUACACAUAGAACAAGGAAAAAAGGUAAUUACAAUUUUAAAAAAAAUAAAUAAAAAAUGAGAAUUAAAAAAAAAACAUGGCAAGAAAAUUAUGUAAGAAUCAAGGACUGAUUUUGUUCCCUGAAUUUUCCUCAAUUUUCUUUGGUUAGCAAUUCAUUUUCAAUCUUCGUCUUCGAGAAGAUUUAUCCAACUGAACAAAGAGCCAAUAUUAUUCACAAACUAAUUUACGGGAAAAUAUCUAAAGCUAUUGCAUUGAAAAAGGAAAGAUUCUUGAUUAAGUAAAUACGCAUAGUGAAAAUUGAAUUGUGAAACGGAAAUUUGGCAUAAUUACGGUUUAGUGUAUUUCUUUUCAAUUCUGUUUUUUGUAAUGAAAUUGUAUAGAACUUCCUUGGUAAAAUCGGCUUGGAAAUAAUUUUAGGUCACGCCUUUUGAGGGUUUAUUUCAGUCGUAGGCGGAGUUAAAGAAACUCGCGUAAUAGCUGAGGAUACCACGCCCCCAAUGAGAUGGCUAGAGUAAGCUGCAAUAAAUAAAUAGGCCACUCCUCUUGAAGGCUCAUUUGCGCAUUCCCAAUUGAAAUGCUCAGAGCAAGAGUGGUUCCUUUAUAUGCAUUUCCCUGUUAAAACGGUCCACUCUUGCUCUGAGCGUCUCAAUCGUCUCAAUUAAUAAUGAGCAAUACUAAGCAAAUCACAGUGAUCAUUUCAUCCGUAGGCGGGACUUCAAAACCUCUUUGAUCAAAACCCUGAAUGAGUCUCUGAGAAAAAUUAAGACUUGACCACUAAUUAACACUGGUAAAAAUAAAAAGGUCAGCGAUGACCCUUUGAAAGGGUCACUGUUUUGUCAUCUAUUUAUCUCCGGAAUAAACGAACAAAAACAAUGAAAAAUUCAUCUUUGGUGUUCGCUCAGAUGAGAGAAAUACGAUAAUUGUAAUAAAUUUACGAUAAAACACGAUCUAUCGUGAUAAAUAUUCAUACGAAAUUUCAAAAGAUUCAAGUGAACCUUUCAAAGGGUCAAGUAUGAUCCAUUUUUGUUGAAAAGGGUCAAUUUGACCCUUAUAUUUUUACCAGUGAAAGGUUAGAGACUGAGCCGAAAGCUCCGGAGAUAGUUUAUGUGUUUUCCUGAAUAAUUGUUACUUUCCGACGACUUCCGGAAUUCCCUACUGUUGAUCUGAGAGCUCUUAGAAAAAGGGUUAAGGACGAGAUUUAAAUCUACCCCCUGUUCCCCUCUUUCAUCCAGAUUCUGUCUCUGGUUUGCACGCGCGUAUAAGUCCUUACUUGACCGUGAUUAACUACCUUAAUUUGUACCCUCUCUAUUAGCGAUCGCCGCUAAGGUCCAGGGGUGUUAAAUUCCUUUCGCUGUCUAGGUGAAUGCUCUACCAACUGAGCUAUGGUGGCACUGGCUCUGAUUGUAUUUGCCACUGAUUUCAACCAAUUGCCAUGUGCACUUCAGCUCGUAAUAAGGCUCGUAGCGAGUCGAAAACAAAUUGAAAUGCACAUGGCAAUUGGUUGAGAUCAGUGGCAAAGACGAUCAGAGCUAGUGCCCCCAUAGCUCGGUUGGUAGAGCAUUCGCCUAGACAGCGAAAGGCCCCCAGUUCCAGCCUGGACAGAGACGGGAAUUUUCCACUGUCUCUGUUUGGGUUAAAUUUGUGGAUUGGGAAUCACUAGUUCUGAUUGUCGCUCUCUGUGCACAAACACAAAAUUUCUUUCGAUAACGUACCAAGCGAACAGAAGUCUAUUCACUGAGAGAAAUCCGAAAAAGUUAAAAUAACAUUCCGGAAAUAUUUACUUUACCCUGCAGUAUUGAUCCGAAAUCGGUGUAAAUAUUAUGCUUUUUAGGUGUAUUAGGGGUUAAAAUUACCUUUUUACAUGUUAAUUCUAUUCUUAGAAAGGUGUAAAAUUAACAUUAAAAAAUGUUGAUAUAUUUUUACACCUAAAAAAUGUUAAAGUUAUGAGGAAUAGAAGUUAAUCGCACCCCUGUUUUUUCUCAGUGUAGCAGAAACUAAACGGAAACACUAGAGUUCUCUUGAUUUUUGGAAUUUUAUUCUUCACAAGGUUUUGCAGAUGAUGAUGUCCUCUUCAUCAGGUAUCGAAUAUUGUAAGAAAAAUCACGUACAGGCGGGAAAUGGUUGCAGUGCACUUGGACUUUCCUAUAUGAUAUUCCCUAACAUAUUCGAUACCUGAAGAAAAUGACAUUGAACCUCGAAACGUUCUAAAGAAUAAAAUUGUGAAACUCGAAAGAAGCCUAGCAUUUCUCUCCAUUUUCUGGCUCUCUAGAAACAUUUUUCAAAUGCUAGAUCACGAGCUUGAUUAAUUUUUUUUGUUUGUUUUGGUGUUACUAUCUUUUGAAGGCGUGGCCUAUUUUAUGAUCGAUGUCAUCAGUUAUAUAUUCUAUAAGAUGUGAGAAUGUUCUCCUUGGAAUUAAUCAGUUAAUAAUUAAAUAAUAAAGUUGCAAAGAAACCUCAAUUUUGAAUCAAGUGGGCGUGGCCUAAAAUGUUUCAUGGGCGUGGCUUAUUUAGAAGUUGCAAUCCACACUUCUUAAAAAGUACAGAAAUAAAUAAAAAUACCCUAAGCCGUGGAAGUCGAGCAAUUUAUUUUAAAGAUACAUAAAUAAAUCACAAUAAACUGUAGCCAAUAAUUUUCAGUUGGAAAAUACUUUUAUUUUCGUACAUUUGAAAAAAAUAAAUAAAGUUGGGAAUCAAUUCGAUUGAAAAUUUGUAGAAGAAUGAACUGAAAGACAAACAAUCUUUUUACGAAAAAAUGGGUGUAUAAAAAAUUUUAAACAAUUGGAAAACAGUUCAUGGAGAAGAGAUAAUGUUUAUAUAUAGACAUAUAAAAACAAAAAAAUAACAUAGGCAUACAAAUUAUGUGUGUAUGAUGGAGCCAAAGUGAAAACUCGCCAAAUUUCUUCGUUUUUCUAGAACUAUUGAUACAUUUUUUUUGCAAUAUAGAUGUCGAUUUGCUCCUAAUUGAAGAAUCCACUUGAAAAAAAAGAACAUUUACCAUGCACAAAUCAUUGAAAAAUCUGUCCAAAAAAUCUAUUUCAAAUUUUUAAGGGCAAAUUAAAACGCACAACUUUCUUUUAAUGUUAUUUAGAUGGAUUACCGAGGGAGUCGUUAUUAAUUUAAGGGGCAGACGCAAAGAUAAAAUUAAUACCUGAGAUUAUUGUAGCGAAAGAGGAAGAAUCAAAAUGUUUUUUGAAUAAGUUUUCAACAAAAAAAUAAAAGCAACAAAACUCAAUCAAUCCCUUAUUUUGCAAUAAAUAGCAAUGUGAUUUAGGAGAAACUAUUGUUAAUAACAUUUCUCAGAUAAUUUGCCCGUCUGUGAAGAUUUAAAACAAAAAAAAAUAAAACUUUCUUAAAGCAAUUAUCUGUGAUUUCCUCUAAGAUUAAUAUUUUGUCCUUAUCUCCCCUUGCGAAAUGGACACACUUGUUAUACUACAAAUUUAUCUUCUCUGUUGUCGAAUGUAUUUGUUAGAAAAUGUCUUGACAAAAAAGCAACUUUAAAAAGAAAGCAAGUAAAUUCCAACUGCAAAGCAUGAUUAAACCCCAAAAAAAAAGUAAGAAAACUGUGUAAUUGUUGUGCAUAUUUGUAUGUCUAUGAUCAACCUUGAUCUCUCUAUAAUAUAUUUUGCCAAUGACAAUCAAAAUUUUGAUGAAUAUGAGACAAAGAAAAAAGAAAUCAUACAAAAAAAAAACCAAACUUAAAUAGAAAAAAAAACUAGUGAUGACAUCAAGAGAAUAGUUGAAAUAUGUAAAUUUUUUCUGAAUAACUGUGUAAGAAUUAAGAGAAAGAUAAACAAAAAUGUGUGUGAAAAAUUAAAAAAAAAUGAUAGAAGCACAGACGAGCCCCCAAUUUAGGAGAAAACUCUCUCUGUAUGAUUUUUUUCCCCUGGAGAUCAUCAAUUAGGAGACACGCAAUCCCAUUCUUUUUCACACGGAUCACUCCAAGAGGCGCCCCUCCAGAAAAGCUCAAAAGAACGAUCACCCAAAAAAGGAAAUUGCUGCAUUAAUUUAGCCUCUUUUUCCUUUAGCCCAAAAAACUCUUAAGCUUAGCUCUUACAAUCCUUCUAACAAAAUUCUUAGAAUGUCGAAAUGAAAAUCAAAAAUUUUCAGUUUGCGGUAUUUAGUUUAAUUAGUGAGAACUAAAACAACAACAGAAACAAAAAAUUGUAAAGAUAAUACAAAAUAGUUGAAGAAGCACAGCAAAUGUCAGUCCUUGAAUUAUAAAUAAAGACAAAAUACCUAAACAAGUUAUGGAUUAAAUUAUAAACAUAUAAGAAGAAUGGAAUAUUGUACUCAAAAAAAUAUGUAUGUAUCGUGAGGAAUGGAGAAUAAAGAAACAUUUCUUCUUCUGG